UUUUUAUUAAGAUACGUUUUUAGUUCAACAAAAUUUUUAUCCUUGAAAUUGUUGAAGUAGUGAAUAGUGAAUUUCAGGAAUGCGAUCGUGGAUAAUUCUUGGAUGUUUAAUACAAAUUGUUUUGUCGGCAGAACGCAAAAAUCUCAAUUCAAUCAAAAUCACCAAUGUGGAAUGCAUUCCUAACGAUGAAUGGUUCAACGACACUAAAUGUAUUUUGAAGCCUCUGAAAAACAGAUCCAUUCUAAUUCAAGGGAGAACUUUUGCUAAAAAGCCUGUCAAGACUCUGAAGGUUCAUAUUGAAAUUCAUCGAUGGUACAGUGGAUUUCGACCAUAUCUCGUUAAUUUUUGGAGCGAUUUUUGCGAUAUAAUAUCAAAGCCCGAAAAGAUGAAUGCUCUGAUGAAACCCUUCUAUAAUCUGAUAACGACGUAUUCAAACCUGAGGGGUCCGUGCCCAAUUGAAGGAUUAAUUGAGAUUUCGCCAGCUGUUCCCGAAUUACCAGUUAUCCCGUCGCUACUCGUCACUGGAACUUACCGUUGCGUUUUAACUUUUGUGGAAAAAGACCUCGACCAGUGGAUUUAUACUUUCAGAGUUAAGGCAGAAGUGACCAGCGCCCUGCGCGAGUAA